AACCUCGGGAUGCUGAACAAUUGUUAGCCCUGGGGGAUAAAUUAUUCAUGUCGCAAUGCAGAGUGAUCUUUCAAUGUCCAAGUGCCAGUUCAGAGGCAGUGGACUUUUACCUUUGUGACUUGAGCCUAAACUUCCUGGUAGGAGGACAGUCCUUUCUUUCAUCUGACUGACGGGAAUCCAGAGGUACUCCUCAGACUUUUACGCUCUACAGUGCUCAAUACCCUGUGUUGUCGGGACGGUAACCAGUCAUUUGCAGUUUAUUACUGGACAGCAAAGUCCUCAUAUUGAGAGCGACUGUGACAGAGUUGAGCUGAAGGGUCGCUGCUGUUUACAAAGAAAGAGGAAGGAUCAAUUUGAAGGAUCUGAUGACAAGUUACAGCAAUCAAGGAUUUUUCAACCCUGCAUAUCAUGACAGCGAGACUCUGGAAAUUGAUAGAAGGACUUCCAGCAAAACCCAUCAUGCUAAUCCCUAUGCCGGGGAAGUCCCAGCCGGGUGGGAUGAGAGGGCUAACAAUGAUGGUGCUGUAGGGAGAGCACCCCAGGGUGGCUGGCAGGAGGAGAGCUGGAGGGGUAGAGGAAACAUCCCAAUGGACCUCAUCUCCACACACCCAAGGAGUCCUUCAUGGCAUCACGGACUCAAUCGCAGUACAUUUGGAAUGGACCCUGAUUACAAUCAGUCGACAUCUAUUCGGCUUCCUUCUUCUUCAGGAAAUGUGACAAUGAGAUGGAGAGGAAUAGCGAUGAGAAGGAUGAGCAUGUUUCCUAAUGCAGAUCCUGCCCAUACAGCUUUCACAGAGGAUGCCAUCAGGAAUGAGAUGGAAAAUGAGGAACAAAACUUGGUCAAGGAACUUGUUGCUCUGUCAACACGAGACAGAAUCCAGGCCAUCCGGGAUCUUCCAGUGAGCUUUGAAGAGAAGAAAUGUAUCAGGAACCAAGUAUUGGCAUUCAAGUCUUCCAAGAAGUCUCGCCAAUUCACAUGUUUAGCAGAUUGCUCUGAAAAUUUAUCACUGUUUAUACGAAGAAGUGGAUACAGCUUAAGGUCAGCCAAGCAGACCCUGGAAUUGUGGCAAGGCAUCAUGAAGGAGAUUGGUGGCAAGUUUGGGACCAGCGUCCUCACUUAUUUUGUGUUCCUGAAGUGGCUUCUCGUGUUUAACAUUUUCUCAUUCCUGGUCAACUUUGGCUUUAUCACCAUCCCACUGCUUGUUUAUGAGCACUCUCCCAACAGUUCUCAGAGUGUGAACAACACACCUCCAGCUGUGAGCUUCAGAGGACUGGAGUUACUAACUGGAGCUGGUUACUUCGGCUAUACCGUCAUGUACUAUGGUAGCUACAGCAAUGAAACUCUUGUGGGUCUGGUGGACUACAACAUGCAGCUGGCCUAUUUCUUCACCAUUGCAGUCUACAUGGUGCUGUGUGGAAUUGUGCUUAUUUUCAGCGUGGCAUUCUAUUUUAAGAACAACUAUGUGCUAGCAGACCCGGCAUCAAACAGUGCAUGGCAGCUUCUUUGCACCUGGGAUUUUAGUGUAACCAAUGAGAAGGCAGUGAAACAGCGGAAGAACAACCUCUCUGUCCAGCUCAAGGAGUCGUUAUCAGAAAAGGCCCAGCCGGAGCGCCUCACAGUCACUGAAGAGCUGAAGCUCUAUGGGAUUCAUUUCGGUUGCUGGCUUCUCUCCACAAGCUCGGCUGUUGGCUGUGCAGCCAGUAUCUACUUUCUCUGCCAGUAUGAGCAGAAGCGGGUAACAGAUGCUGCCAGUUGGUCCCUGCAAGAGGAGGCAGAGACACUCCUGGUUCCCUUUGUGGUGUCUCUGAUGAACCUGGCUGUCCCGCUCUUCUACUCCUUCUUCAAUAAAUUUGAGCAGUACUCCAGCCACCGCAAGCAGAUAUACGCUCUGGUUGUCAGAAAUGUCUUACUCAAGAUGUUCAUUCUGUCUGUUUUGUGUUAUCAUUGGAUGAAUGAGGUCGCCAAGAAUUUUUCGUGUUGGGAGUCCAUGGUAGGGCAGGCUUUGUACCGCCUGGUCUUUUUUGACUUCCUUUUUCUGAUGUUGGGCUCCUUCUAUGGAGAGUUUCUUAGCAAUGUGAUUGGGACCAAAUGUAUACCACGAAUGGGGGUUCCUGAGUUUGACAUAGCCAGAAAUGUCCUUGAACUCAUCUAUUCACAAACACUUGCCUGGAUUGGAAUCUACUUCUCUCCUCUGCUACCUGUCAUGCAGAUUCUCAAAUUCUUCAUCUUGUUUUAUCUAAAGAAGGUCAGUCUGACACAGAACUGUCAGCCCCCGCGGCAAUCCGGCAGGGCAGCUCAGAUGCAAACCAUCUUCAUCUUCCUUCUCUUCUUCCCUUUCUUUGUGGGAGCCCUGUCAGUUGUUGCAUAUACUGCCUGGAGACUGACUCCCUCAAAGCAGUGUGGCCCCUUUCGUGGACUCAACAAUGCCUUCAGUGUGGUUGGCGUCUGGAUAGAUGAUCUAAAGCCGAUCCCAGGCUCUCAGUGGGUCAUCUGGAUCUAUGAUCAUGUCAUCAGGAGUGAAAUCUUCUAUUUUCUCAUCACACUCAUCAUCCUUGUCAUCAUAUACAUAUUAUGGCAAGUCACUAAUGGCCGAAAGGAGCUUAUUCGCCGUCUGAGACAACAAAUUGUUAAUGAAGGGAAAGACAAGUCCUUCUUAUUAGAAAGGCUACAGGACCUGCAGAAAUCACUCCCAAACAAAAACACCAAACAGAAGAAACAAAAAGGGAACACAAAACAUUAUUCAGAUGCUCACUCCUCUGGUGGUCAGUCCAACUCAAACGCCAUGAUUCAAGCUUUACUCGCACGGCAGCAGCUUGAGGAGGAGGAGGAAAGAAACAGCAUUGGUGGAGUACCUGUUCCUUUGGACAUUUCCACCUCUAGUGCUCUGACACAAGCCAUGUUGGCCCGUCAAGUAGCUGACCAGGAGAAUGAAGAUUUGUACCAGACGCCUGAGAAAAAUCUGUCAUCUUCCAGUGCACUUGCUCAGGCCAUGGCAAUGAGGCACAGGGUGGAGGAUGAGGAGAGUGAUGAAUAUGACACUACAGUUUUUUCUGGAAACCCUUUCAACAGAUCCAGCGCCAUCACACAGGCCAUGCAAGCCAGAAGAAGAGCAGAGGAAGACACAGAAGAUGGCAUGGGCGACCUUCCGUCUCCAGUGUCAAGUGUUAUGAUGCAAGCCAUGCAAGCUAGGCAGAGAGUGGAGGAAGAGGACAGGAUUCAGUGGGUCCCUGCUCCUCCACAAAACCCUGGUGCUUCAGGCUCCAACGCUCUUAUCCAGGCUAUGCUGGCCCGACAGCAGGCCCAGAAUGAAUAUGAUGAUGGUUACUGAACAAAAUGCUCUGAGCUUUAACUUGCUGUGA